AAAUGGACCCGGAUCUGCGGAGAUAGGCCUCCGGGGGCAAGAGGAAAACGCCUUGUAGAUACCCGCUGUACAGGUGGAAGGGAGCAAACGGGUCCCACCUGUAUGCGCCUACCAAAGCGCGCUCCUUCCCCAAAGGUUUUGGGAGCCCUCAGGAAAUACGGUGCUUAAGGAACCCAAGAGAAAUGCUGGAGACACACAGGCCCACCGUCUCUACCCAACUGAAAUGUACGAGGUUGAGUCCCUGCCUGAGUUUUAUCAGACAGCCGCAUCCCACUACACGGGCGAUGACGGAAUUGAGUUUUCUCCUGUCCCCAAACUUUACUCUGAAGAAAGCGGAUUAAGGAGUUAACUACGUUUUUAGAAAUGCAGAAGUUUCGGGGAAGCGGGGGAGUCCUUCAGUAAACAAUAUAACUAUCCUUUACAAAUGCUGAUUUCCCAACGUGGAAGGAAAAUCCACAAACUGAAUUUUGUACCCUGAAUCCUCCCUCUCCAUCCGCCACCAACCAAUUCAGAGUUAAAACGGAGCCCCGAACCUCCUACGCGGGCUUCAAACUGUCCCCUCCGAGGAGCCGUAGGAGUGAUGUUAUCAGAGCGCGACGACAGGAAGUAAGCUUGUGGGCUGCUGUAUUACACUAGGUCGGGAGCUGCGGAGCUGUCAGGACUGCCCUCUCUCCCCUUUUCCUUGCUGCUAUGGAUAAUGCCUGCGAGUCGCCCACGGAAAAAGGAGGAGAAACAGGGGAGCCAGAUGAAACGGCCGCUCCUCCCCGGGGCCCAGGAGCUACCGACACGGACGGAAUCCCAGAGGAAACUGACGGGGACGGAGAUGGGGACUUGAAAGAAGCGACUGCCGAAGAAAGCGAGCUCAAGAGUCAGGACAUCUCAGAUUUAACAGCAGUUGAAAGGGAAGACUCAUCUUUACUUACUCCUGCAGCCAAAAAAAUGAAAAUAGAUACCAAAGAAAAGAAAGAGAAGAAGCAAAAAGUGGAUGAAGAUGAGAUUCAAAAGAUGCAAAUCCUGGUUUCUUCUUUUUCGGAGGAGCAGCUGAACCGCUACGAAAUGUAUCGCCGGUCAGCCUUCCCUAAGGCAGCCAUUAAGAGGCUGAUCCAAUCCAUCACGGGCACCUCUGUGUCUCAGAAUGUUGUUAUUGCUAUGUCUGGUAUUUCCAAGGUUUUCGUCGGGGAGGUGGUAGAAGAAGCACUGGAUGUGUGUGAGAAGUGGGGAGAAAUGCCACCACUACAACCCAAACAUAUGAGGGAGGCUGUUCGGAGAUUAAAGUCAAAGGGGCAGAUCCCUAACUCAAAGCACAAAAAAAUCAUCUUCUUCUAGACCAAAGCCUAGAAAGGCCUGGUACUGAAGGGAAAAGUGCUGGUUCCAGACUUGCUGCUGCAUGAGACUUUCGCACUGGUGCUUUCUUAUCUUGGUCCUCCAAGGAUUCCAUGAUGAUUUUAAUGUCUUUCUUGGAACUCUGAUAUUCAUCACAUCUAAAGGCAUGCAGCCUGUUUCAUACCUGCCUUGACUAAAUAUUGGGACCUCUGGGCAUUUUGAGGCAUUUAACUGUUUCUUGACUAGUUGGAAGAAGGUACAUCAGUCUUAAGCAUCUUCUAGACAGAGAAGCUGCUUUCAGAGAGAAAACCUUUCCAAGAGAGCUUCGACAGUUUCGCACUGAAGCAUGAAGUUGCUAUGACUUAGGUUGUUUCUUCCUUCUGGUUUUAAGUAGAUGAAACAACCAAAAAUUAUGACUUGAGACACUCUACCAUGAAGAACACAGUGAGAGCAACAGUAGUGGAAAAAUUAGUCCCUGUAAAGAUGUAAAGUUCUCCUAUGGAUUUUGGUGAGUGAUCAUUAAACUGUUUUCCAACUUGC